AUGCCCGGGUGGCAAAGCCAUCACAGCCUCGCCUCAAGGUCAUUGAACAAGGAAAACAUGGCCGAUGAUUGGUUAGACAGUGUACUCAAUGCCCCUGAGGAACGACCUCGGCAGAAAAGCCGCGCGACCAAAUCAAGCCGCACCACAUCCAAAGUAUUGGAUGAUGCGCAAGAAGAGGCCCUGAUCGGCUGA